AUGACUGCGGGAGCCGAGCACCGGGGUCGCCUCCGCACCGGCAGCCGCAGCUGCGCACAGCCCCCUCAUCCCAUCACACCCUGUCCCAUCACAGCUCCACUGUCCCGUUGCACCCUCACACCCCAUUGCACCCCCUUAUCCUAUCGCACCCCAUGUCCCUUUGGAAACCCGCUUCACUCCAUUGCACCCCAUCACACCCCCCUUUCCUGUGCCCCCCUGCACCCUCGCACCCCACUGCCCACCCUGUCCCAUUGCACCUCAUUGUUCUCCCUUUUCCCAUUACACCCCCCUGCCUGUCACCCGCACCCACAUCCCAGUGCAUCCCCCUCAUCCUCAUUUUCCAUCACACACGGUUUCCACCCCUCACCUGCACCCCUGUGCCCCCCACCACCCCUUACAAGCACUUCUCCCUCUGCCUCCCACCCCUCACCUGGGUGUGGGAGCCCUUCCCCUUGUCCCAGCUCUCCCCCCCCCAACCCCUUGCCUGCCCAGGGUGCCCCCCAGGCACGGCACCUGCAGCCCCCACUCCCCCUGCCCACAGGGCACCUGCCCGCGCUGAGGACACAGGACGAGGGCACCAUCUCCAAAACGCAGCAGAUCAUAACUCACCUCAGGAAACAGAAGUACAACGCCGACUACGACCUGUCGGCCACGCAGAACGCAGACACGCUGGCCUUCGUGUCCCUGCUGGAGGAGAAGCUGCUGCCGGUGCUGAUCCACACGUUCUGGGUGGAUGCGAAGAACUACGUGGAGCACACGCGGAAAUGGUACGCGGAGACCAUCCCCUUCCCCCUCAACUUCUUCCUGCCCAACUCCAUGCACAAGCGGCACCUGGAGCGGCUGCAGCUCCUGUGGGGGGACGACUACAUGGAGGAUGAGGAGAAGCUGGAGAAGCAGCUCUAUCGGGAAGCCCGGGAAUGCCUGACACUCCUCUCCCAGCGCCUCGGCUCCCAGAAGUUUUUCUUCGGAGACUCGCCAGCCUCCCUCGACGCCUUCGUCUUCAGCCGCCUGGCGCCGCUCCUGAAGGCGAAGCUGCCCAACGGGAAACUGCAGCAGCACCUGAAGUCCCUGCAGAACCUGUGCAACUACUGCACCUCCAUCCUCAGCCUCUACUUCCCCUGGGAUGGAACUGAUCCCUUGGCCGGUGCCCCACGGGCUGCGGGCACAGACAGCAGUGAGGGAGAGGAGGACCCCCACAAACGGCGCAACCAGCUGCUGUCGGUGCUGGUGGGGCUGGUGGCCAUGCUGGGCUACGCCUUCCUCAGCGGCAUCGUGUCCAUCCAGCGCGGCGGCGUGGGGCCGGCCGGCCGGCAGCCCAUCGCCAUGGAGGAGGAGGAAGAGGAGGAGGAGGAGGAGUGAGGAUGAGCUGUGUGACCGUCUCACCCCCCAGCCCCCUGGAACUGACUGUUUUUACACCAGGAGCCUGGCAGCAUCAUUCCCCUUGGGUGCUCCGCUCGUUGUCCCACCAGGAACCACGGCCCUCAC